AUGACUCUCAGCAGCGCCUUUCUUGGAUUGUUCAAAAACCCCACAUGGUCGUUCUUGGCCUCUGACAACGCAGAAACAACGUCAGCCGAAGGAGAUGGGUCAACACUUCGAAGGCAGACGGUGACAGUUUUGACAAAUGUCGCCCACGUCUCCGUGCCAUUCAUUACAGUUUUCCUCGUCGUUCAUUUGUCCGCACCAGCACUCGCAAACUUCGGAGGCUCGAGUUUGUCUUCCAAUGUCAUGCUUCUCGGCAGGGAAUACUACCAAACUGCUUUUGGAGAGAGAUAUCUCCUCUUUCUACCUCUGGCAGCCCACGUAGCUUCAAGUAUCACAAAAAGAAUCAUCAUUCCGCACUCAGCAUCCCCUCGCAAGAUUACCAGCACCCUCAGCCUCGCAGCCUAUUCAACUCUUCUAAUCUUCCUACCUAUACAUUUCUACACCCAUCGCGUCUUCCCUGCCGACCCUUCACCACCAAUAUUCGCAGUAGGGCCCUCAGAAGUGGACUAUGAGUUUGUCAAGACUGGCUUGGCUAGGUUUCCGUGGCGAAGCUGGGUCUUGUACGGUGGACUGGUCGGAUGCAUGAUGUUACAUGCAGUCGAAGGCGCACAAAUCAUCCAAGCAUCACGUUUUGCUUCUCGGAAAUUCCGUAUGCGUUCACGAACGCGCAAGAUUGUCGCAGGUGUAGCGGCAGUGCCUAUAUUGGCAGGCCUCUGGGCGGUCUCGAAAGAACCUCUUAUGGUGUUUGCUUCUUUAGCAGAGCGGUACGAGGCCGUAUUCACUCGAUCUUGGGUGUAUAGAUUUUAG